AUGUCCCUUUCUAAGACUGCAAGCAUCCUCCUUGCUUCGGCUGCGCUGGCCGCAGGCCACGGAUAUGUCUCGAGUAUUGACGUGGAUGGCACCACUUAUGGAGGGUAUCUGGUGGAUACAUACUACUACGAGUCCGACCCUCCUGAGCUGAUCGCCUGGUCCACCACUGCUACCGACGAUGGCUAUGUCUCUCCUACCGCAUACGACAACUCCAGCAUCAUUUGUCAUCGUGGCUCAGCCCCGGCAGUUCUUUCUGCUCCAGUAGCCCCAGGUGGCUCUGUCAAGUUGACCUGGAGCACUUGGCCUGAUGAUCACCAUGGCCCCGUUAUCACGUAUAUGGCGAACUGCAACGGCAACUGCUCUGAUGUCGAUAAGACCACUUUGGAGUUCUUCAAAAUCGAUGCUGGCGGCUUGAUUAGUGAUGCUACUGUUCCUGGAACUUGGGCUUCUGAUCAGCUCAUCGAAGAUAGCUACAGCCGCACUGUCACCAUCCCCACUGAUAUCGAAGCUGGUGAUUACGUUCUUCGACAUGAGAUUAUUGCUCUGCAUGGUGCUGAAGACUUGGACGGUGCUCAAAACUACCCUCAGUGCAUCAAUCUCAAGGUUACUGGCAGCGGCACCGCAACUCCUAGUGGUACUCUCGGCACCGCUCUGUAUAAGGACACCGACCCUGGCAUCUACGUUGACAUCUGGAAUACACUCAGCACGUAUAUCAUUCCUGGGCCUACUCUGUAUACCGCCGGAAGCACAGCCACAGCUACCAGUGCGGCAAGCACCACUUCGGCCACUACCAGUGCUGGCACUACUGGUGCGGCGACCACCAGUUCUUCCGCCGACGCUGUGGUCACCACAAGCGCCGCUGCCGAAACUACUGUUGUGUCUCAAACUACCCUGGCUACGUCUUCACGAUCUGAGCCCACCGGUCAGACCAAGCCUAAUCACCCCGAGCGCCCUGCCGCUGGUGGGGAUCUCCCUAGUACCUCCGAUGCUGUCGCCACUACUACUGCCACAUCUAGCUCUAGCUCUUCAACCACGACAUCUGGUGUCCUUAGUGGUGCGUGCAGCGAGGAAGGCUACUGGUACUGCAAUGGCGGAACAGCUUUCCAACGCUGCGUCAAUGGCGAGUGGGAUGCUUCUCAGGGCGUGGCUGAAGGUACUGAAUGCACCUCUGGUAUCUCUGAGACCUUGACCAUCUCCGCUUCCAAGAGACGCCGGGAGGUGGCUCACAUGCGUCGCCAUCAUAUUCGCCCUGAUCUCUCGUAA